AUGGCAUCCCAGAGAGAUUUAACUUCAAAUAAUCCUCAUUUCCACAUAUCGAGUUCUCGGAACAACACAAACGAUGACUUCAAUUCGGAUCAUAAUCCAAGAAAUCCAUUUGGCGACGAACCAGAAGAAGAAUUAGAUUCAGCGUCCUUUUCGUCAUCGUCACAAAAUAAUCAACCACACCACCCAUUUGCAUCAAAUCAGACCCUGAGCACUAAUAAUCUUCAUAGCACCAACAGUAUUCGAAAUGAAUCUGAAUAUGGUAAACCAUUUCAAGCUUACAGUGGCUACUACUCCAACGGUGGCAGUUCGCUGUACUUGAAUCAAGAAGGUGUGAGUUCUGAUGAAAGUAAACUAUUAGCUGGUAACAAUAGAGAUACAUCUAGUGUUGGUGCUGACAAUAGAUUAAAUCCAACCAGUCCGGCAGAAUUCGAUAGAUACCCUUCAAUGGCAGGCUCAAGAGUAGUCUCCUCUACUUCCUUGGUAUCGUUCAACAAUCCUUCCAAUAUGAUGCGCACCCAUCAACCUCAUCAUGGAUCAUCUACAUCUCCUACUUCAAGUAGUAUGAACAAUGAUUCCAUAUCAGAUAAAUCAACUAGCCCCUUCCCUAACGAUUUCAGUCCAUUUGGGGGAUAUCCUGCUAGUUCGUUCCCAUUGAGUAUCGAUGAAAAGGAACCCGAUGACUAUUUGCAUAACCCAGACCCUGUACAGGAUGCUGAGUACGAAAAGAACCGAUUCAUACACGAUUUAAAGAACAUGGAUAAACGAUCAUUGGGUGGGUUGAUCGGUUUUAUUGUAUUAUUUAUAGCUGCAUUAGCAGUGUUUAUCAUUUUACCUGCAUUGACCUAUUCUGGGGCCACCAACCCUUACCAUCCAGAAAGUUAUGAAGUUUUAACUAAAUACCUGUACCCUAUGUUGAGUGCUAUAAGAACUAAUUUGGUUGAUCCAGAUACCCCUGAAUCUGCUUAUAAAAAGAAAGCUAAAGAUGGCAGUGAAUGGGUAUUGGUAUUCAGUGAUGAAUUUAAUGCCGAAGGAAGAACUUUUUACGAAGGUGAUGAUCAAUUUUUCACAGCACCUGAUAUUCACUAUGAUGCCACCAAAGAUUUAGAAUGGUAUGACCCUGAUGCUAGUUCAACGGCAAAUGGUACAUUGAACUUGCGUAUGGAUGCUUUCAAAAAUCAUAAUUUAUUCUAUCGUUCAGGUAUGGUUCAAAGUUGGAACCAAAUGUGUUUUACUCAAGGUCAUUUGGAGAUUCUGGCUCGUUUACCAAAUUAUGGUAAUGUGACAGGGUUAUGGCCUGGGUUGUGGUCAAUGGGUAAUUUAGGUAGACCAGGGUACUUGGGUUCUACUGAAGGAGUUUGGCCAUACUCUUACGAUUCAUGUGAUGCUGGUAUUACCCCCAAUCAAUCUUCCCCCGAUGGUAUUUCUUAUUUACCUGGUCAAAGAUUAAAUAAAUGUACAUGUCCUGGUGAAGCUCAUCCUAAUCGAGGCAUUGGUAGAGGAGCACCAGAAAUCGAUGUUAUUGAAGCUGAAGUGAUGACUGAUAGUAGUGGUAAAAGAGAGAAUUGUGGUGUUGCCUCACAAUCAUUGCAAUUGGCUCCUAUGGACAUUUGGUAUAUACCCGAUUACGAUUGGGUGGAAAUUUACAAUUUUUCCGUUUCAACAAUGAAUACAUAUACUGGAGGACCGUUCCAACAAGCGUUAUCAGCAACAACAAUGUUAAAUGUCACUUGGUAUGAAUUUGGUGACAAUGAACACAAUUUUCAAACGUAUGGUUACGAAUAUUUGAAUGAUGAUAAUACUGGUUAUUUGAGAUGGUUUGUUGGUAAUGAUCCAACGUUGACAGUUUAUUCACAAGCUUUGCAUCCAGGAGGGAAUAUUGGUUGGAGACCAUUGAGUCGAGAACCAAUGUCAUUAAUUUUGAAUUUAGGUAUUUCGAAUAAUUGGGCUUAUAUUGAUUGGAAUAGUUUAUUUUUCCCAGUUACAUUUAGAAUCGACUAUGUGCGUGUUUAUCAACCACCAGACCAAAUCAAUAUUGGAUGUGAUCCUUCGGAUUAUCCAACUUAUGAUUAUAUUCAACAACAUUUGAAUUUAUAUGAAAAUUCCAAUUUAACAACGUUUGAAGAUGGUGGUUAUAGUUUCCCUAAGAACCGUUUGAUUGGUUGUUAA